UCGUUCGAUCACAUGAUCGGAUCUCUCUCACCCUAGUGGGCUGUAAUGGGAGCUAGUCUGCAGAUUGCCAGUCUGCCAGACUCCACAUAAUCUCUCACCCUUAGGUCUACAGCAAGCACAACGUUCCAUUCCAAUAUCAAUUUUUAUGUAUUUAAAAAUAAAAAAUAAAAAAAAUAAAAACUUAACACAUUCAUAUGCUUGACCUUUUUUGUAGGAUUUAUGUCAUCUACAAUGAAGGCAGAGAUUACAAGCAAGCUAUUGCAAUAUGAAGCAUUUGUUAAUGAUGUAUUAAAAGAAGAUUUGUUAGAGUUAGAAAAAAAAUUGGAUAAAAAAACCACUGACAUUACUGAAUUUCUUCAGCUCAAAAGUGUCAUUUGCUCUCUCGAAAACAUUGGUGCUGAAAAAGAAGGAUUUAAGUCGAAAAUCGAUUUGGGCGAUGGUUUUUUUGUGCAGGCUAAAGUCGAAGAUGUAUCUUAUAUUUUGCUUGAUGUUGGCUUAGGAUUAUACGUAGAAUUUACAUUGUGUGAAGCACUUGAAGUUAUUGAAGUAAGAGUAAAAAUAAUUGAAAGACAAGUCAACAACUUGAGAAACGAAAUUGCAAAAACGAAUGCUCAUAUUAAAAUGUAUUUAAUCGGCCUAAGAGAUCUACAAGGAAUCAGGAAUUUUGAAGAAGAAUAAAUGUGUAAAGCAUUCAAAAUACAAAUCACUUGACUACAUCCCUAGUCAUAAAAUAUCAAUUUUUACGUGUUUCCGAAUAUAGGCUUGCAACAAUUUCUUAAAUGUUUGAAUAAAAAGUUAAUU